CAUGUUUCCGUACUUAUCGUGUGAGGUUAAACAGCGUGCAGUGCCGUGAGUUUUGAUGAAUAGGCGGUUUGAAAGUAUUGGUGGUUCCAUAUUAUUAGAAGUGAAUUGAAUAUAAGCUGAUAUCAUUCAGAAACCAGUGUGCGUUACUCUGUUUUGCUGGGCAGUAAGCCUUGUCACUCCUACUUUCACACAUUGUGUUCUUUUAUAAUAACUAAGUGAUCAUUGUGGUUUUUAUAUCAGUUUCCAAAUUACUGUAUUAUAAUUUCGAUUGAAGUUGUAUGCGUCAUGCCUAACUGAUUGAAUUUUGUGUUUUUGAUAAAACUUCAUGCAAAUUAUCGCCGUAUUAGUGGGACUAUUACUGGUAGUUCCCCCUUUAGAGUUAACGUAUGUACGGUUAUUUAUGCAGUGCUACCAACUGUUACACCUCGGAUUUUAAAGCACUGCAGUGAUUCAACAGUGUUCGUGCUACAAACGUUGAAGAAGAGGCUGAUAAAUGUAGGCAGGAUCAGGAUAACGUGUUGUCCUGUGUAUGUGACUGCAACGACACUCUACACGUAAGUGUUUGUGAUUCAGUGUUGUGCCAUUUUCUUGGAUCGCGUCAACGACUGCAAGAAACCAGUGGAAACACCAACGACCAUCCGGAGCAGACUUCAAACCGGGGACCAUGGCAAGAGGAACAACGCUCAAACGAUAAUCAGGUGUAUUUGUAUAAACUAGUGUCAGAAUGGCAAAGUGGGGAGAAGGUGACCCUAGAUGGAUUGUGGAAGAGCGGCCUGAUGCUACGAAUGUUAACAAUUGGCACUGGACUGAAAAAAAUGCUUGUGGAUGGUCCAUGGAGAAACUGAAGGAUCUGCUGAACAAUUUACGAAUUGAAAAUGAUAUUGCAAAGUGUAGGAUUACAGAAGUGCAGAAGUGCGAAGGAGAAGCCGUAGCGAACAAUCGUAAAGGGAAGUUAAUAUUUUUCUAUGAAUGGGACAUUGUACUUAAGUGGACAGGCAAGUUAAGAGGUGGAGAGCAGGAAGCUGAAGGGACAGUAAAUAUCCCCAACCUUAGCGAAGAAAAUGACAUCUCAGAAGUUGAUGUGGUGGUUACUGUCAACAAUUCAAAUCCUGAAGCUGAUAAACUGAAGGAGUUUUUAGCUAAGGAUGGAAAGAAAGUAAUUAGGGAACAGUUGAAAAAAUAUAUAGUUGCUCUUAAAGAAGGUACAUAUGAACUAUACUGAAAAUAGUGAGGUCAGAGGUUGCAAGAUCAACACCACAAACCUGGAGUUCAGCGAAAAGUUCAAGUGCACUGGCGAGGAAUUCUACAAUGCAAUGACAGUGACAGAGAUGGUGCAGGCAUUUACACAUGGUCCAGCAAAAGUAGAAGCACAGAAAGAUGGAAAGUUUGAACUGUUUGGUGGAAAUAUAUGUGGAGUCUUUGUAGAACUGGUUCCCAACAAGAAGAUUGUUCAAAGAUGGCGGUCUGAGAGAUGGCCUCCUGAACAUUAUUCGAACGUUACUUUUAACAUACAUCAGAAAGAAGAUCACACAGAGGUGAAUGUUGUGCAGACUGGUGUUCCCCAAAGUGAAGCGGAUUCAACGAAGGAAAAUUGGAACCGGUACUACUGGGAAGCAAUAAAGAGAACAUUCAGUUUUGGUUCAUUCUUUGUGUGAUGGCAGUUGGAUCGUAAUUCUGCACCUUUAUCUGACUAUAGGAAUGAAGUAUGAUAACAGAGAAAUAAAAUAUUUAUUAUUGCCAAUGAAAACGAUUGAGGAAGUUUUUCAAAACUUUUGUAUUAUGCUGUAGUGUGACAUGGGUGACAAGUAAAACAAAUGAAGUGAUGAUGGUUGCAGAGCAGGUAUUUCCUUUGCCGAGAAGUUAAGGCUUCUGUGUAUAUUUCACCUCUUCACUGCAGUUUGUUUGUUAAACAGAGCUUCAGCAGAAGUCUGUCUUAUAGCAGAAAAUUUGUAAUCUCGUGACUACUGUAAUUUUAAUUUAAUCAUUCAUCUGUUGAUAUCAAAGGCCACAGACUUGGCUCUUGAUGACAAUUGCUGUAGGAAUUGUUUUGUUUCCUUAGGAGUAGCAGGGCACAAUAUGGCAAGUAACUGUAGAAAAGUUUCAUCUCCUUUAGUACGUUUGUAUGUACUGUAUAUAGAGUAUGGUUGUAUGCACAUGUAUGUAUGAGUGAUGUAUUAAAGUUUGCAUGACCCUUCCUCAUUUAUUCCUCAGAAUGUGGGACCAACUGUCUGUCAUUUUCAUGCUUGGUACAGUG